ACAAAGAAACUGAAAACUUUCACAUGGAUUUUCUUAAUUUUAUAUUACAUUCCAUAACAUUAUGUUUUACUAUUUUUGUUAAAUACAGAGUUACGAAUGUGUUAGAAAAAAUGUCUUUUUUUCAAACUUGUUAAACAGAUAAAAGUCGGCCUGACUGAGCCUUGUUUAGAUCCCUGCUAUAUUACUUGUAUAAGUCAACACAACAGCCAAUUCCAUAUGAACAAAUUCUCAACACAUUUAGAACAGCUUUUGUUGUAAAUAUCACUAGUCCACCUUUGGCUGAACCCAGAACACUUGGAGUGUAUAUAUUUUUGCUCAGAUAAAACACUAAGAAACAAUGGUUGUCUCUCAAUCAAAGUGGAUAAAUAGAGGUAAGAUAUUGCGAUUGUUUUCCUCUUUUUUCUCUUGCACUCAAGAUCAAAAUAAACUCAAACAUGAGCCUCAUGAGGUGGGAAAAAAUCUUCAGAGAGACAAUAAGGCAUCCAGGGAUGAGAACAAGGCUCUUAGAAAAGAAAAUAAGUCCCUUUGGAGAGAAAAUAAAGCUCUUCAUCAAGAAAACAAAGCCUUCCGAAUGGACAACCAUUUGAUCUGGGAGGUGAAUCAAUCCCUGAGAGAGCAAAACCAGGCCCUAUGGAAGUUUAAAAAUGUGAUUUUGGAGAGCCAAAGACCACCAGAGGAAAAAAUCAAUGCUUUGAACACAGAAAGAAAGUCUCAUUGGCAACAGAAUCGAGCCCUGGAGGCUCAGAUCAAGGCUCUCAGAGAACAGGAGAAAGCCUUCCAGAAUGAGGCGAAAGCUCUUCAGGAAGAAAUACAGUCUCUCCAUGAGGAGAUCAAGGCCCUGAAACACCAGGAGAGAGCACUCAAGAUGGAGGAACAAGACUUGAUGAAAGAAGGAAUAGCACUAGAGAUGGAAGAACGGGCUCUGUGGAAGGAGGAGCAGGCCCUUCGUGAGGAGAACAAGGCUCUUAGAGAAGAAAACAGUGCACUUCAAGAGGAGGAAAAAGCCCUUCGGGAAGAGGCAAAGGUCCUUGAGGAGUGGAAUAAGAUUCUUCUGGGAAAGAUAAGAAACACACUUACGGGGAAAAUGCACAAUAAAACAAAGCAGGAGAAUUGUGACUUGAAGAUGUAACCAACAAACCAUGAAGACCAUUGACAUUCCAGUAAAAAUAAAACUUUUGAAGGUGAAAUACUAUUGUUAGGAUUGAAGUCAAAUCUGGAAAUUUACAGUACUUGGUAUCCGGUCCUGGAAACUAAAUAAAAUUCUGAGAAUUUAAAAAAA